UUGCAAUGUGUUUUUUGCGUUUAUUUUCAAGCGACUGAAAAUAAAAAAAAGCUGGUUCAAAAAUUUACAAUAUUUUCAAAUAACUAGCUGAUGCCUACGGCUUCGCUUGCGUGGAAAACGAACUUUGUGGCAAAUAAAGGUAGCCUAACUACCGUCAAAAUCGGUGCACCAAUUUCAGAGACGUUUUGUCAUGAUUAAAAUACAUAGUUGUUCUUAACUUGUGAUUCGUUUUAAAAUCUCAGUUUUCUACGCUACGCUAAUGUUUGUAUAUUACAACUUGUCAAAACAAAUACCAGUGAUAUCCAGUUUUUAUCAUAAGCUCAGCAUAUAUAUGUGAAAUCCUAAAUAUUACUGAUAAAGUUAUCUGUGAAUUAUAUUAUAAAAGUAAACCUGUAUCGAAAUGAUUCGCAGUUCUCCUUUGUAUCAGUGAAGGGAAAAGCGUAUUAUUUUUAUGUAAAUAGGUAGUAUUGUUAUGUGUUAAAGUUAAAAUGGCUAACGCAUUUUUUAAACAGAUAUGGAUCGUGUCAGGAGUACUCCUCACGAUGGUGGAAGUGGGCACAUUCCUGGGAUUCACCACGUGCUUACUGCCGGCUCUCAUGGAUCCAGACUCACCUAUCAAGGCCACUUUGGAUGAAUCUUCAUGGAUAGCUGCAUCCUUCGGUCUAGCCUGGAUACCAGGGUUUCUAUCAUCAUCAUACUACAUGGACCGCUUCGGGAGAAAGAUGGGCUUUAUCCUGAACAUCAUUCCAGGAGCUUUGGGUCUCAUCGUCAUGUACUUCUCCACAAACGUCGCCUGCUUGCUGGCUGCAAGGGUUCUGCAAGGCAUCACUGCUGGUUCCACAACGAUAUUAGGCGCUAUAGUUAUAGGGGAAUACUCAAGUCCUGUUCAUAGAGGGAUGUUCUUAAAUCUGAAGACUGCAGCUCUCUACGUCGGGAGUACUCUAGUCCACAUCCUAGGAUAUUAUUUUCACUGGAGGACAGUCGCUGCUAUAACGCUCAUCCCCUACUUAGUGGCUUUUGCUAUGGUCUGCACUUGGCCAGAAAGUCCUUCCUGGCUGACAUCGAAGAAAAGAUUUGAUAGAAGUAGAACGGUCUUCUACAGGCUGAGAGGAAAGACGGAGCAAUCAGAAAAAGAGCUGACAGAAAUGAUAGAAGCUCAGCAAGAACGCCAGGAAACUAAGCAGCUCAGUGCUUACCAGAACUUGGCACAUUUCUGUCAGAAAUUUGGCAAGAGAGACUUUGUGAUGCCAGUCCUGAAUUACUUAUUUGCUGCAAUUCUACUGGAGACAACAGGCAGGCACAUAUUCCCAGCUUACGCUGUCCAGAUAAUUUCAGAAAUAUCUGGAAACUCAGGGUCCAUUUAUUACACUUUCGCCUUAGAUGUCCUAGUAGCUGUUAGUGCUACCUUUUCUUCUUACUUAAUCAAGAUUAUGAAGAGGAGAACUUUAUUGUUUACUACUGGGUUUGCUGCUGUUGUGGUCCUUAAGGCCGCGUGUGGUUAUUUAUACUUAGCUUCUAAGGACCUGAUACCUAAUGCGCCUAGAGUACCAUUGUCUUUGUUCGCUCUGUAUUUUGCCAUAGUUAAUUUUGCCUGUGCACCAAUACCUUUGGCUUUAGUGGGGGAAAUAUUCCCCCUAGAACAUAGAGCAGCAGGGACAACAAUUGCUGGUAUAUUAAUAUCAGUAACUAGUAUAGUUACUUUAAAAACUACGCCAUUUUUGUUGGAAACCUUUAAAGUUUAUGGAACUUUUACGAUAUUAGGAAUAGUUAUGGCUAUUUCCUUAGUAUUUCUGUACUUUAUGUUGCCUGAAACUAAGGAUAGGACGUUGCAAGAGAUCGAAUACUUUUUUAAUCAUGGUAGGUUUAGAGAAGAUGAGGUUAAAAAUAAAAAAGAUGAGCAAGAGCUAGUUCAGAUGAUUGCUUGAACAUUUUCUCAUUAUUUUUAGCUUAAGUUAAUGUAUAAUAUUUGUAAAUACUUAGAUAUUUCACUAUUGUAAAUAUAUUUAAGUAGGUAAUACAAUACAUCAUAAUAUUAUAAUAUACAUUUAGUUCUAAUAAAGAAUUUCUCAAAAAAUGUAAUACAGUGACAUCUGUUGAAAAUAAUCAGAACUUGUUCCUAAUUAGACGGACACAAGGACCAGAUUAAAUAAAAGACAAAAUUAAAAUUAAUUAAUCUUAUUUAUUUGUCAAAUUCGUACUAAUAACUAUACACGAUGACGUCACGAUCCCUUUGUUUGGGUAUCUACAGAGUAACAGCGAACAAUCAACUAAAUUAUAAACUAAUAAAAUCGCCUAGGAACAAUAUAAUCGCCUACUGAAAUGUAAUUUAUUUGAUUUUAUAUACAAAAACAAUAGUAUCACAUGCAAUUUAUAUAUGUUAGAAUAAGAAAUCAUUUGUAACGUAAAAGAAUUAUUCUGGUUUACCAGAAUCGUCAAAUAGAUAUUUAUAAGAGAUAAGUUCAAUCUGUACAAGUAUUUGCCAAAUAAUGCGUAAAGCAAACUAAAGAAAGUAUUUUUUAAGCUUUUAGCUUUUUUGUAACAGUAAAACUGGUAUAAUACAUAAAAUAAUAUUUAAGAAAUCACAUUACACAUUGAGAUUACAUAAAUAUAAUAAAUUAAUCUAAAAAAUAAACUAACAAAUCACAAAUACAAAUCUAAAAAUUAAUUAAAUGAUUUAAAAAAUAUAACAUAAUAAUUACAUUGACUACAUUUUACAUAAAAAUUGACGUAAAAUUAUUAUAAAAUGUAUUCCUAUGUCAUGAUUGAUAUAAUUUUAAUAUUAAAUGAAGAAUAUUAAUAAUUAUAAUGGUGACCAGCACCGAUGAAGUUUAUUUUACAUAAAAUUAAUGAAAUAUGUCAACAAAAUUGGUUAAUUACAAAUACACAACAAUAUUGGUUAUGAUUUUUUAAGAUUGCAAUAUAAAAAAUCGUAACCAAUAUAACUAGAAAAUAAUAAUGAAAAUAUAAUAUAGACUAUUGAUAGUAUAUGUAUGUAUAUGUGACUAUUAAUGUAAUUAAAUAACUUGUUGAUUAUCCGCCGUACUCAGAGUUAUUAAUUGGUUACUUAAUCCAGUCCUUAGCAAUUGUUUUCCAUACAAAAUCGUUACUAAGGAAUAGUUUAAGUAAUCAUUAAAUGACUCUGAGUGUGGCAGUAACUGUGUUAAAAUGAACAGAAAAUAAUUUCUUAUACACAAUAUAUGUCAAUUUAAAGCAAUAUUAUCUUGCAUUCUGAAAUCGUAUGACAUUUUUUAAUAUAAAUGCAUAAACACAUGUACAAAACCGAGUAAAAUGUACACUUAGUAGGGAAAUUAAAAUUGUCUACUUACAAACUAAGGCUAAACUAAUAUCUAAUAAUACUCAUUUAAUACCUAUAGUUAUAAAAAUAUUGACUAUCGACUUUGUUCGGGGGUAAAACAUAGUAAAAUAUAAUUUAUCCUUAGUCUUUAUGGGGCAAAUUAAAAACUGUAGUAAUAGGUAUGGUCUUGGCCAUUUAGAUACAGCUCUUGAAAUAUCAUAGAAAUACAAAGAUCUUAAUUUAUAUCCUUGAUGAUGGACUGGCAGAUAGAUGAUGACAGUCGUGCAAUUGUGACAUUUGUUCUUGGGCUUACUCACGUAACUGUUUGACGAGAAAUUCGACUAGUUUUAAGACAUUCUAGAGGCUCAUAUUCACGAGUAGCAUUCCACGAAACACGACGCGGCUACUGUCUAAACUAGUCGAGUUCCUCGUAAAACAGUUACGUAAAUAAACUGACAAUCAUAAAAAUUAAUUUAAUAUAUUUCAUGAAAUACAUAGUACAAAUAAUAUUGAUAUUAAAAAAGAUAGCAAUAUUUUCUCUUAGUAGAAUUAAUGUCACAAUUACAAGCAAUUCCAUCUAUACACAACUAACACAUCAUUAAAGCGUUUGCUGACAACCGAAGAGUUGUAGAUUGAUGGUGCUGUCAUAAACAGUUCAUCAACUUUGUACUAGAUGGCGUUAGUUGUAGCUUUAAUCAUUUGGUCCUUCGGGUUGUAAAAGGACCAAUUUUAAUUAAAACCGUUUUAUUGUUAUUUAUUUUGCAAUAAGUAUUAUUUUAUAUUGUAGUAUAAUUACCCC